UUAUUGAGAAAGCUGAACUAAAUUCAUCCUCAGUCUUGUCGGCCUAAAUCGAAUUCACCCAGUCUUUUCGGUCUAAAUCGAUCUGGCACAUUGUUAGUACUCCUGCUACGUACUAUGUUUCUAGUAGCCCACAAGAUCUAGCCCAGUCCAAACCUUUCGAUCCGUGGUGUGUUGGAUCUGAACCCAAGCUCCGAGUCGCUUUCGGGGUGGGCAUUCUCCUCUUCGUCUUCGGUUGCAAGAAAGAAAAAGCAUCAUGGACGGCUUCCCCAAGAGCGUCGGCGGUGGCGGCCCUAACAUUCCGGCGGGAUCCCACCCCGCAGGCGGGAGCCAGGCGGCGGCAGGAGGAGGCGCGACGCAGCGGACGCAGUAUCCGUAUGUGACUGGUAAUUCAGUCAUUGCCUUGAAAUACAAGGAUGGUGUGAUCAUGGCAUGUGACACUGGAGCCUCUUAUGGAUCAACUUUGAGAUACAAGAGUGUGGAACGCAUUAAGGCAGUUGGCAAGCAUAGCAUCAUUGGAGCAAGCGGAGAGUUCAGUGACUUCCAGGAGAUUUUGCGCUAUUUGGAUGAACUAACUCUGUCUGAUCAUAUGUGGGAUGAUGGAAACUCGCUGGGCCCCAAAGAGAUCCACAGCUAUUUGACAAGAGUGAUGUACAACCGGCGCAACAAGUUUGAUCCUCUCUGGAACUCACUUGUACUUGGUGGGGUGAAAAAGGGUCCAAAGGGUGAUGAGAAGUAUCUUGGGAUGGUUAACAUGAUUGGUACCCACUUCGAGGAAAACCAUGUCGCUACUGGAUUUGGAAAUCAUAUGGCAAUCCCGAUACUCCGUGCUGAAUGGCGCGAUGAUAUGACUUUUGAAGAAGCUGUUAAGCUGGUUGAGAAGUGCUUGGUGGUCUUGCUGUACCGAGACAGAUCAUCUAUCAACAAAUUCCAGAUUGCCAAGAUCACAAGUGAAGGAUCAACCAUCUACCCACCAUAUUCCUUGAAGACCUACUGGGGCUUCACUCACUUCGAAAACCCAGCCCAGGGCGCUGUGGGAUCAUGGUAGAUUUAUGCUCUGCAUGCCGCGUAUCAUGCCAUGAACUUAGGGGAGAGCAAUCUGUGCUGCUGAAAUCAAAACCCUUGUGAACGUUUGUUCUGAACAUAACUGGAACUCUGCAUUUGCUUGUAUGACAUGCGUAUGGUUCAGGAAGUUUAAUUCCAAUAUUUGGUCACUAAAAAUGGAUUGUGCGGUUGUGUUCUCAGAUGCCGUUUUUGUGUUGAUUGUGCUAUGUGGAGAACUUGGAAUGCUAACUCUGUUUUUUUUU